AUGUUGAGAGUGUGUACAAACGUUGCAGUGAUCUCAAACAUCCGUUCUACGUUGUUACGUGGAGCUGUGAGGAAUGUGUCCACUAGCGGUAUUCAAUUACAGGCGGCUGCAACUCAGCCCACUGAUGCACAUAAACCAAACCGGUCGUUUGUGAUGAAUAUGUUCAGUGGGAAGCUUCAAACAACUGAACUAUUCCCAUAUCCGGAAGCGUUGAACGAGGAGCAGAGAGAAUACGUGCAAGCGUUCAUCGAUCCAACGGUCAAGUUUUAUGAGGAAGUUAAUGAUGCUGCUAGAAAUGAUGCCACCGCCUCGGUUGAGAAGGCCGUCGUCGAUGCUCUGUGGGAACAAGGAUUUUUAGGACCAUUCAUCCCAACAGAAUACGGAGGACUUGGGCUAUCAAACUCACAAUCCGUACGACUUUCCGAAAUUUCCGGAAGCUACGACCUUGGCAUGUCAAUCUACGCCGGUGCACAUCAAACAAUCGGCACCAAGGGCAUUAUCAUGUACGGUAGCAAGGAGCAGAAGGAAAAAUAUCUCCCCCAGCUCAGCACAGGUCGUGUUUUUGGUGCAUUCGCCCUAACAGAACCGGGAACCGGAUCGGAUGCAGCCUCAGUAAAAACGAAAGCCGUUCUAAGCCCUUGUGGCAAGUACUACAUUCUCAACGGAACCAAGCUCUGGUGUUCGGGUGGUGGAAUCGCCAACAUCUUCACCACCUUCGCCCAGACGGAAGUGAUCGAUCCGAAGACGGGUGAGAAGAAGAACAAGAUGAGUGCAUUUAUUGUGGAGCGUAGUUUCGAAGGUGUUAGUACUGGGCCACCAGAGGAAAAGAUGGGCAUCAAGUGUUCCGUAACGACGGAAGUGAUUUUCGAGGAUGCGAAAGUGCCAGUAGAGAAUUUGUUGGGCGAGAUCGGGGCUGGGUUUAAGAUUGCGGUAAACAUCCUCAACUCGGGACGGUUCGGGCUGGGUGCGAUGCUUUCGGGGACGAUGAAAACGUGCGUAGAAAAAGCGGCCGACCAUGUGACCAACCGUGUGCAGUUUAAGCGAAAAUUGAUUGAGUUUGAAAAUGUGCAGGAAAAGCUAGCGAUGAUGGCGACCUAUCAUUAUGUGGCACAGAGCAUAACGUACCUGGUGGCUGGUAAUAUGGAUAAGGGUUCGGUGGACUUUCAUCUGGAGGCGGCCGUGAGUAAAGUGUUCUGUACGGAGGCGGCUUGGUAUGUGUGUGACGAAGCCAUACAGCUGCUGGGAGGCAAUGGGUUUAUGAAAUCGAGCGGUUUGGAACGGUUCCUGCGGGACAUGCGGAUAUUCCGUAUCUUCGAAGGAGCAAACGAUGUGCUGCGAAUGUUUAUUGCUUUGACCGGUAUACAGAAAGCAGGAAAUGAUCUGCGUGGAUUGCAAAAAGCGCUCAAGAAUCCGCUUAGUAACGUGGGAAUAAUAAUGGCGGAGGGUUCAAAGCGUGCAGGACGCAGUGUUGGAUUGGGUGGCACAGACCUGCGUCCAUUUGUCGCGAGUGAGCUUCAGAAUGCUGCCAAGCAGUGUGCUGAGUCUAUGGACGCAUUCAGCCGCACCAUCGAAUCUCUCCUCAUGAAGCACGGUAAAGGCAUCGUCGAGCGACAGUUCCAGCUUGCCCGGGUUGCAGACAGUGCGAUCGAUAUUUACACCAUGGCCGCGGUACUAUCCCGCGCUUCCCGAUCCUCCCAGAAAGCGCUUCCCUCCGCUGAUCAGGAAGUUCGGAUGGCACAGAUCUGGUGCCAGGAAGCUAGCAGCCGCGUGCAACGCAAUAUCAAUCGAAUUCACUCGAGCACCUACACCGAACACUAUCAACGGUUGGCACAGGUUGCAAGAAACGUUUCGGAACGCCGCGGCCUACCGCACACUAAUCCACUGGAGAUUGAUUAA